AUGGCACCUGAAAACAAUUUUGUGCAACCUGUGAUUCCACGCUUUGACGGUCACUAUGAUCAUUGGAAUAUGCUAAUGGAAAAUUUCUUGAGAUCCAAGGAGUAUUGGACUCUGGUUGAAACCGGCAUCGAAGAGCCCACUAGUGGGGCUAUCUUGACAGAGACGCAGAGAAAGACAUUGGAGGAGCAAAGAUUGAAGGAUUUGAAGACAAAGAACUACCUAUUUCAAGCAAUAGAUUGUGUCAUCCUGGAAACGAUCCUCAAGAAGGAUACUGCUAAGGAUAUCUCGGAUUCCAUGAAGACGAAGUAUCAACGUACAGCACAAGUAAAACGUGCCCAACUUCAAGCUCUUCGUAAAGAGUUUGAGAUUCUCCACAUGAAGGAAGGAGAGUCAGUUAAUGAUUACUUUGCAAGGACAUUGGUGAUCGCGAAUAAGAUGCGUAUUCAUGGCGAAAAAAUGGAAGAUGUUGCAGUCAUUGAGAAAAUUCUUCGCUCAAUGACACGCAAAUUUGACUAUGUGGUGUGUUCCAUUGACAGCCUUUCGAUUGAUGUGUUACAAAGUUCAUUGUUGGUUCAUGAGCAAAGGAGGACUAGUCGUGUUGUGGAGGAGCAAGCCUUGAAGAUCACCACUCAUGAAGGAGCAGAGGACACCAGCUUUCCUACAAUCAAGGACCACAAUUUGACAAGGCAAGUGUGGAAUGCUUUCACUGUCACAAGUUUGAGCACUAUCAAUAUGAAUGCCCUAACAAAGAGAAGGAAACUAAGGUGA